AUUUUAUUAAUUUGCUUCCUCGCCAAGUCGGCGAAGUCGUAUGGCGGGCCGGUGGACGAACACCGUUCAACAUUUAUAGGACAACGCUUGAAUCGCAGAGGAAUGGUUGAAUUUUUGUUCGUUUCAUGACCAUAAAUCGUCUGCGGAUUUCGAGCUCAUUCGCGAAAAUGGCGGAAGAGAUCAGUAAGGCCGGACUCGGAACCUCCACUUCUACCGCUGAGAAGGCGAAAUCGAGAUCUUUGUGGCCCUCUGUUCUCCGUUGGAUUCCCACGUCGACCGAUCAAAUCAUCGCCGCCGAAAAGCGACUUCUCUCUCUUGUCAAGACUCCCUAUGUCCAAGAACGGGUUAGCAUUGGUUCUGGCCCGCCAGGAUCGAAAGUUAGGUGGUUUCGUUCUUCAAGUGAUGAGGCUAGAUUUAUCAACACUGUCACAUUCGACGGCAAAGCUGAGUCUCCGACUCUUGUAAUGAUUCACGGUUAUGCUGCUUCCCAAGGUUUCUUCUUCCGAAAUUUUGAUGCUCUUGCCAGUCGCUUCCGGGUCAUUGCCAUCGAUCAACUUGGGUGGGGUGGAUCUAGCAGGCCUGAUUUUACAUGCAGAAGCACUGAAGAAACUGAAGCUUGGUUUAUAGAUUCUUUUGAGGAAUGGCGAAAAGCAAAAAAUAUCAGCAACUUUAUUUUACUUGGACACUCAUUUGGCGGAUAUGUUGCAGCUAAAUAUGCUCUCAAGCAUCCUGAGCACAUUAAACACCUAAUUUUAGUUGGACCGGCCGGAUUUUCUUCAGAGUCAGAUGCCAAGUCUGAGUGGAUUACACGGUUUAGAGCUACAUGGAAAGGAGCGGUAUUGAGUCAUUUGUGGGAGUCAAAUUUUACUCCACAGAAGCUUGUCAGAGGUUUGGGUCCCUGGGGUCCAGAUCUUGUUCGCAGAUAUACAAGUAAUAGGUUUGGAACAUACUCAAUUGGAGAUAUAUUGAGUGAUGAAGAAUCCAGAUUGUUGACAGAUUAUGUAUAUCACACGUUAGCAGCCAAAGCUAGUGGAGAAUUGUGCUUGAAAUAUAUUUUCGCAUUUGGUGCAUUUGCUCGGAUGCCGCUUCUACAAAGUGCUUCUGAAUGGAAAGUUCCUACAACAUUUAUCUACGGUUACCAAGAUUGGAUGAAUUAUCAAGGCGCUCAAGAAGCUCGCAAGUGUAUGAAGACCCCGUGCGAAAUAUUACGGGUUCCUCAGGCUGGGCACUUUGUGUUUAUAGACAACCCUAGUAGUUUUCACUCGACAGUCUUCUACGCAUGCCGAAGAUUCCUCUCCCCCGACCCUGAUAAAGAACUCUUACCCGAAGGUAUAAUAUCUGCCUGAAGUCCACACCACACGUUUUGCAUACAAAUUCAAAAGGAGAAGAGCAAUUUAUGGAACAGAUUGUUCCUCUUAUAUCAAUUCUUCAAUGUAUACUAUUUAUGAAAGCUAUGUUGCUUUUGUACUUAUUGUAGUUUGAAUGUAGCGCAUAGCAGUACAGUACUGUAUUGCAACAAAUACGGGGUGUGCUGAUUUAAACCUCCAACUUCAACGAGAACGAGAGGAGAUAUAUAUUUUUAUUGUCGAGUUAUUGUGCUGAUUUGAACCUCCAACUUCAACAAGAACGAAAGGAGUUAUAUAUUUUUAUCGUCGAGUUAUUGUGCUGAUUUGAACCUCCAAUUUCAACAAGAACGAGAGGAGUUAUAUAUUUUUAUUGUCGAGUUA